GACUCCGGCAUGGAAGGAAUUCUCUCCUGUGCGCUUGGACUGGCCUAUUUCAUGACUUCAUACAUGCCGCCAGAGCACAAUCAAUUUUUACAUGCUAAUGUCCCCCUGCGAAUAUUUCUUGCUCUAUUAGCAGGAGCGAGACUCUUGUAUAUGCGAAACCCAAGGAGCGAAGCUGGCAGAACUUUGCUACUCGUGCUCGUCUAUGAUGGCAUCGGGGGUCUAGCCGUAGGAAUGAGUAUUGGGAACUUCACCGGUCGU